UUUCAUCGAAAGAAGAUAUUCAGUUCUCUUUUUUUUAUUGUAAAUGAUUUUUAACAAAUAUCCAAUUCGUUCGAAUACAAGUUCUGUUAGCUCUUCGUUUUGUUUUGUGUAUUGUGUUGCCAAGAUUUUAUUACAAAUCUGUAAAUCUUGCCAAGAUAAACAGUUGUUAUGAAAAUUUUUCAUCAUCGUCUUACAAGGGUAGCUGUUAUUUGGAUUAUCAAAAAAAAACACUCAAUAAAGCUUUGCAAAUGUGGUAUAUGAUGUUCAUUAUCAUCAUCAAAAUAUUAUCGAACAUAAUUGUUUUUGUUGAUGCAAUCGAUCAGUAAUAAAGUGCCAACAUUUUAUUAUUCGAUGAUAAUUGAACUUUCGUUUAGUCUUCGUUUUGCUACUUGUUCUCUCUUUUGAAUUCAACUUUGAAAUCGAGUGUUUAUUUUUCUUCAAUAGCAGUGUAAGCUUCGACCAUGAUCAUCAUCAUCAGCAUCAUUAUUUGAAAACAGCAAAGACAACGUUUGUAGCUUGUUGCUCAGUUUUUGUUGUAUGAGUCAUCAUUCAAAGCUUUUUACCAUUGUCUCCAUAUUGAUUGGAUUUUUGAAAAUUUUGUUUAUUACUUUUCUGCUCGUUGAAUUGAAUCUUUCAUUAUUAUUCUUCGAAUUCAAAUUGUUCAUAGUUAAUCUGGUUUUCAAUCAAAUAUCAAAAAAAUGAGCAUGUAUCCAAAUAUUUCGGCGGAACCAUCCGCUCCAAGUGCUCCAGGUUUCAUUAUUGAAGAUCAACAUCAACAAAAACCACAAUAUGAUCAACCACCACCUUAUACUAUGUGGCCAAAUUAUGAUCAGCAGUUUCAACAACCACAACAAGGACCGCAACCAUCAUCCGUUGUCGUUACACAGCCAACUUCUCAGAAUGCUAAUACAACAGUCAUUAUGGAUAGAUUUCCAUCAAAAUCGAUACAUGUAAAAUGUUUUUUUUGUCACGAAGAUGUUAAAACGGUUACCCAAGCCCGAUCGAAUUUCUGUACAUGGCUAUUAUGUGCCGGGCUUUGCUUCAUUGGUUGUUGGCUCGGAUGUUGCCUGAUUCCUUUCUGUACCGAUUGUUCACGUGAUAUGCUACAUUAUUGUCCUAAAUGUAAAAAAUAUUUAGGAGCACAUGAACGUUUCCGUAUCUUUUGAAAUUGGAAAAAACGAAUUUUGGAUGAUCAUAUAACGAUUCGAUUCUUUUUUUUUUGACCAAUUGCCAUUGAGCUAUUGUCUUAAUCAUCAUUUAUGUUAAGAAAAAAACAAAUGACUUUUAUUCUUCUGAUCUGACUUUUGAAACUAUAUAUAUUUUGAUAAAAGCAUAUAUCAUAUCCUUGUUUUUAUCCUAUUUUCUCUGAAAUAAAAAUUCAAAUCAAAUUUUA